UGAUUUAUUCAUCCAAAUUUAGGCAAAUUCCAUGACAUUUCGCAUUGUACAGUAAAUCCCAUUUUUAUGCCUGGAUUCCACGUUCUGCAUCACGGAAAACAGCGCCCUUGACAUAUGAAGAGUUUUAUUUUUCAGUAUGAAGGAUUCAUUUUGUUUAAUGGGCUUUUUUUGGAGGUGUCAUUCAGGUUCCUCUUGAGGAGUUGUUCUUUGUGUGGUUGAGUGGGUGGCAGGCUGCUGUGAGUUGGCAGGAUCAGUGUCUGAGGGUAUAGUAGAAGUGCCCAGUCGGUGGUGUGAAGUGGCCUUAGGUGCACUGAGCCAUGUAGCAUGAGUAAGGCGGGGCGUCUCUGCAUUGUACCCUCCACAUAGAAAUGGCCUGACCCAUUUCAGCAACAGCCAGCGAGGGGGAUGGGCAGUCUGAGGCUGCUAAAAAUACCCCAUUACCGACAGCUCUACUGCAGAGGGAUCCCUGGAAUCGUUGUCCUUGACUAGCGUGAAGUUGGCUUGUACAGUGUAGGGUCUCCAAUUGCCAACCAAGACCGAGAGGGUUUUCCUUAGGUUUUCUUGCAGCCUGCUUUCAAAUGCACUGCAUUUUGUAAUUGGGGAGCUCUUAGAUCGCACGUGAACCUGCCUAUUUUUUUCACAGGUGCAUAGAUAAGUGUAUAGUUUUUAGGGUGGAUAGAAUGUUGGCUAAAUACAUGAAAUUACACAGUGCCGGAUGUACUGUAAAUGCCUGUUUCUUUGUGUGGAUUGUCAGAAAUCUCAUAAAAGUAUAUGAUAAGACCAGUAAUUUAAGCAUCAUAAGGCAGUCCACCACAGGUGCAGGUCCAAAACCAUCCUCUAGCUUUGUAUGGCAAGGGUUAACAUUACUGUUGCUCAACCAUACUGUGCUAGCUGUUAGUUUGAAGAUCCAAUCACAAUGAUUUUCCACUGUUGUGACAUGUGACCUGCUCUGCAACCUGAAACUGUCACGGCACAGCAAAGGUUUGGCACUUCCCUCAUCGUGGCCAUGCAGUCACUCAUAGAUGAUAACUGGGAGAAAAAAAGAGGUCAACUGUACGGGACAGAGGUUAUCUUUCUUGAAACCUGCACACAUUCUGUUAUUUACAAUGUAACUUCUUUUUGAAUUGUCAUACUGUGAUAAUGAAAUGUGUACCACGACUGCUUGAGAUGACAGUCAUUUCAGGAAGUUCUGUUUUUACCCAUCAUUGAUUUUCACAGACACGUUUUAUGACCAGUUGCUAUUUCAAAAGGGAGGAACACAGUUAGCUGCUGUAGGGUGUUUCCCUUUUCACUUCCAGUUUUAAUAAGAGAUAAAACUGAGCUUGUUGACUGACGUACUUUAGACUUUAUUUGCUAAUUAUGUGUUUUACUGUAUUUAUUUUUGGAACGUUUUUUUGUCGUAGCUUCAUAAAAAGGUCAAGUUCAGAGUUUCUGCACCUGAGUGAGUAGUUUUAGCUAAAGAUUUUUCUCUUAAUUUGUCUGCAAUGUUCAUGACAUUGGCUGUGAGAGAAGUUGAUUGCCCAGCUGGUAGCCUGUUACAGAGCAGCAUGCUGUUCCACAUGCAGGUCCUUGGGCUGAUUGUUUAAGGUUUUAUUCACAAUGAAAGCAACGCCACAGGCUGAGGGGAAUGGCUUGUGAAUUAUCCCAGUCCUGCCACCUGCAGUCGGGCAUCCUCCUCCUCCUCCUCUGAAGGACGUCAGUUGUUUAUGGGAACUACUGGCAUUGGUCUCCUGAGGAUAUAGCUCUCCUUUUGGGACGCCAUUUUUCCACCCUUGCUGAGACGCGGUGUAGCCGGGAGACAUGGCUAACAACUCAUACAGCGGGGUGAAGAACUCUGUGGCCGAGCCCAAUCACGAUGGAGAGUUUGGCUGCUCGCUUAAAGAGCUGCGCUCUCUCAUGGAACUGCGAGGGGCUGAAGGAUUAUACAAAAUCCAGGAAUCUUUUGGGGACGUUAAUGGACUUUGCAGCAGACUGAAAACAUCGCCCGUAGAUGGAUUAAGUGGGCAGCCCUUAGAUAUUGAUAAAAGAAAAGAAGCAUUUGGACAGAACUUUAUACCUCCGAAAAAGCCAAAAACCUUUCUUCAGUUAGUAUGGGAAGCAUUACAAGACGUAACAUUGAUUAUUUUGGAAGUGGCAGCAAUAGUUUCUUUAGGCCUUUCUUUUUAUAAACCUCCGGAUUCAGAAAGUAAAAAUUGCGGGAAGGCAGCGGGUGGAGUAGAGGAUGAAGGAGAAUCUGAGGCUGGAUGGAUAGAAGGAGCAGCGAUCCUCCUGUCUGUUAUUUGCGUGGUGCUCGUAACAGCAUUUAAUGACUGGAGCAAGGAGAAACAGUUUCGUGGCUUACAGAGCCGCAUAGAACAAGAGCAAAAGUUUACGGUGGUUCGGGGAGGGCAAGUCAUUCCGAUCCCUGUGGCCGAGAUUGUCGUCGGGGACAUUGCACAAAUUAAAUAUGGUGACCUCCUGCCUGCUGAUGGCGUUCUCAUCCAGGGCAAUGACCUCAAAAUAGAUGAGAGCUCCUUAACCGGAGAGUCUGACCAUGUGAAGAAAUCGUUGGAGAAAGAUCCUUUGCUGCUGUCAGGUACUCAUGUCAUGGAAGGUUCUGGAAAAAUGGUGGUCACUGCUGUCGGAGUCAAUUCCCAAACUGGAAUCAUCUUCACAUUAUUGGGGGCGGCAGAAGAUGACGAGGAUGAGGAGGAGGAGAAGAAGAAAAAGGAAAAAGAGAAAAAGAAAGAGAAGAAAAAUAAAAAGCAGGAUGGCUCUGUGGAGAACAGAAAGAAAGCUAAAGCCCAGGAUGGUGCCGCAAUGGAGAUGCAGCCUCUAAACAGUGAUGAGGCUGAGGGUGAGGAGAAGAGAAAAUCCAACUUGCCAAAGAAAGAGAAAUCGGUCUUGCAAGGAAAGCUGACCAAAUUAGCGGUCCAAAUCGGAAAAGCAGGUCUGGUAAUGUCGGCCAUCACAGUGAUCAUCUUGGUGGUGCUCUUCGUGGUGGACACUUUCUGGGUCCAGGGACUUCCUUGGGAAAAAGAAUGCACGCCCGUCUACAUCCAGUUUUUUGUUAAGUUCUUUAUCAUCGGUGUGACUGUGCUGGUGGUGGCUGUUCCUGAGGGUCUUCCGCUGGCUGUAACCAUCUCGCUGGCUUACUCUGUCAAAAAAAUGAUGAAAGACAAUAAUUUGGUGAGGCAUCUUGAUGCCUGUGAAACCAUGGGCAAUGCCACAGCCAUCUGUUCAGAUAAGACAGGGACUCUGACUAUGAAUCGGAUGAAAGUUGUUCAGGUCAAUAUCGCUGACAAGCACUACAAGAAAGUCCCUGAGCCUGAUGUCAUUCCUGCCAGCAUUAUGGACCUGCUCACAGUGGGCAUCAGUGUAAACUGCGCUUACACCACCAAAAUCAUGCCCCCUGAGAAGGAGGGAGGCCUGAAUCGUCAGGUGGGCAACAAAACUGAAUGUGCCUUGCUGGGCUUUGCCAUGGACUUGAAAAAAGACUAUCAAGCAAUCCGCAAUGAAAUCCCUGAAGAGAAGCUUUACAAAGUCUACACCUUUAACUCCGUCAGGAAAUCCAUGAGCACCGUGCUAAAGAAUGCUGACGGAAGCUUCCGGAUGUUCAGCAAAGGAGCCUCCGAGAUUCUGCUGAAGAAGUGUUUUAAAAUCCUGACAGCGACGGGUGAGGCAAAGGUUUUCCGGCCCAGGGACCGAGAUGACAUGGUGAAGAGAGUGAUCGAGCCUAUGGCCUCUGAGGGACUGAGGACCAUCUGCCUGGCUUACAGGGACUUCCCUGUUUCUGAAGGAGAACCAGACUGGGAUAAUGAGAACGAAAUCCUCAGCAGGCUCACCUGUGUGUGUAUCGUUGGCAUUGAAGACCCAGUCAGACCAGAGGUCCCUGAUGCCAUUAAAAAGUGCCAGCGUGCUGGAAUCACAGUGCGUAUGGUCACCGGGGACAACCUUAACACUGCCCGCGCUAUAGCAACUAAAUGUGGCAUCCUGCAGGUAGGAGAUGACUUCCUCUGCAUUGAGGGCAAAGAGUUCAACCGCCGGAUCCGUAAUGAAAAGGGAGAGAUUGAACAAGAGCGGAUUGACAAAAUAUGGCCUAAACUCCGGGUGCUGGCGAGAUCUUCGCCGACCGACAAGCAUACACUAGUCAAAGGUAUAAUUGACAGCACUGUUGUGGAACAGAGGCAGGUUGUGGCUGUAACAGGAGACGGCACCAAUGAUGGCCCUGCCUUAAAAAAGGCCGAUGUUGGGUUUGCCAUGGGCAUUGCCGGCACAGACGUGGCUAAAGAAGCCUCCGAUAUCAUCCUCACUGACGACAACUUCAGCAGCAUUGUCAAGGCAGUCAUGUGGGGGCGGAAUGUGUACGACAGCAUUUCAAAAUUCCUCCAGUUCCAGCUCACCGUCAAUGUGGUGGCUGUGAUCGUGGCCUUCACUGGAGCUUGCAUCACACAGGACUCUCCUUUGAAAGCUGUACAGAUGUUAUGGGUAAAUCUGAUUAUGGACACAUUUGCCUCUUUGGCCUUGGCCACUGAACCCCCCACUGAAUCUCUUCUGCUGAGGAAGCCUUACGGCCGUAAUAAACCCCUCAUCUCCAGGACAAUGAUGAAGAACAUAUUGGGUCAUGCAGUCUACCAGCUCACCAUCAUCUUCACUCUGCUUUUUGCUGGUGAGAAGAUAUUUGACAUUGACAGUGGGCGUAAUGCCCCUCUUCACGCUCCCCCCUCUGAGCACUACACCAUCGUCUUCAACACCUUUGUGAUGAUGCAGCUGUUUAAUGAAAUCAAUGCACGGAAGAUCCACGGGGAACGAAAUGUCUUUGAAGGCAUUUUCAAUAAUUUGAUCUUCUGUUCCAUCGUCUUUGGGACUUUUGUUAUUCAGAUUGUGAUCGUGCAGUUUGGAGGAAAGCCAUUCAGCUGUGUGGGGCUGAACAUUGAACAGUGGCUAUGGUGUGUCUUCUUGGGCUUUGGAUGUCUACUCUGGGGACAGAUCAUUUCCUCAAUCCCCACGAGUCGGCUGAAGUUCCUGAAGACUGCUGGUCACGGCACGCAGAAGGAGGAAAUCCCAGAUGAGGAGUUGGAGGAGCUGGACGACCUGGAUGAAAUCGACCAUGCUGAGCGAGAGCUCCGCAGGGGGCAGAUCCUUUGGUUCAGAGGCCUCAACCGCAUCCAGACUCAGAUGGAUGUAGUGAGUGCGUUCCAGAGCGGAAUUUCCUUUCAGGCGGCCGUCAGGCGCCAGCCCUCCAGCACCAGCCAACAGCACGAUAUCCGAGUGGUGAAUGCAUUCCGCAGCUCGCUGUCGCCCUAUGAGGGCCUGGAGAAGCCAGAGUCUCGCAGCUCCAUCCACAACUUCAUGACACAUCCGGAGUUCCGGAUAGAGGACUCAGAACCCCACAUCCCCCUCAUCGACGACACCGAUGCGGAGGACGACGCCCCCACUAAGAGAAACGCCACACCCACGCCUCCUCCCCCGCCCUCGCCCAAUCAGAACAAUAACGCCGUAGACAGCGGCAUCCACCUCUUCCUGGAUCCCAGCAAGCCAGCCACGCCCUCAACUCCCGGGAGCCCCAUGCACAGCCUAGAGACGUCCCUUUGAUCAGCUCCGCCCCUCGGUACGACACUCGACACCUGCUCGUCUCCGCAGAGACUAAAGCUUGGAGAACUCAUUGGAUGAGAGGGGCGGAGCCAAGGAUCUCUCGGGAGCUUAGCUCUUAGCUUUUGCUUCUCUUUAUCUGGAUGGUGUUGUACAUUUUGUUCUUUUUGCCCUUUGCUUAUUCAAACACUGAUUUCUGCAUCAUUUGGCUGUUAAUAUUUUGAAUUAUUUAUGUUUUUUGGAAGACACAGGUCUGUUUACAAAGUUUGUAGAUACUUUUUUUUUUUUCUUCUGUUUGUUGGUGGAAGAGCUUCCUGAUGCAGAGAAAUGGGGACAAUUGAAAUAAAAGAAAUAUUUCAGAUACUGCUGUAUUUUCAGGAAAAAAAAGGGUGUUUCUAUGGAAACCGAACUAUUUUUGCCUGCAAGUUUUAUUUGUUAUAUAUUUGUAGAUACAUAGAACCUUCUAGCCAAAUAGAAAACACUAAGGCUUGUAUAGCAGAGAAGGUAUUGAGGUCCAUGGGAGGUUUUUUCAUUGGACUGGUGACGAGAGGGAGCCGUAGACGAGGAUCUCUGUCCAUACAUCUCCUCUCAUACUUACUAUUUCACCCCUUAAAGUUGUUAGUUUUGUUUUUGUUUUUUAAGUUUCAAUAUUCCAUGUCUCAUUCUCAUUUGGAAGUUGAAUUGUGUGAAAAGUCUUCACACUUUUAACGGUGUGAUUUUUGAAGUGGAGGCCGCACCAGGUCAGCCUUUAAAGAAUGAAUGCAUCUGUGAUUUAACUAUUUGAAAUGGUCCACAGUCAGUUCAACAAUGACAUUUAAGUUCCUGCCAAUGUAUCAUAAGUUUGUUUACUCAGGCUGAAAAAAAAAAAAAAAAAAAAAAAAAUUUGAAUUGAAAAGGAUGCAAUGAUUUUAAAAAGUAAAGAAUUUUAACUUAAGACUGUCUUAUAGGUAGUACAUUGUUGUCUCGGUCAAAAGGAAAAAUAAAGGAAGGAAAAAGAGUGAAUUGUUUUCAAAA